AUGUCACAUGAAUCGAAUUGUGCAUCGGAAGGAGUUAAUAAUGAGAUGAAUGAUAAAACUGUGUUUGCUACUUCAUCUUUGCUUGAACAACAACAGGAAUCAGAAAUGGCACAAUUUACACAACCAGAGAGAUGUCAUGAUGAUUUAGAAACAGGCAGGAGCAUAUAUUGCAACCCAAAUUUAAGGGUAGACCCAAAUAUUAUUUAUGCUAUUGAUAUGGAUUACUUUGGAUCAAGAACUUCUACUCUCUUUACUUCUUCACCAGGAGUAAUAGACGUCCCAGUAGUACGAAAUGAUUAUACGCUACCUGUGCAAAAUAGAAAUAUGUCAACACAGGACAUACAAUCACACUCAUCUCCUUCGCCAAAUAGACGUAGAAUAACGAGACGGAGAAAAAUAAUGAAGAAGUUAAAACAUGGCGUAGACAAAUUUGGUGGUGCUGUAUCUUCUGUAAGACACCUUCAACGGAAAACGCAAGAACAUAAUUUGAGUAAUGGAAGAAAUACAAUAUCGCAACAAAAAAAUACCUAUGAAAAUACAAGAGUAGAAGUUGCUACAUCAAAAGACAGAUCAUCAAAAGGUGCAUCCCACAAAGGUAGUUUAUCGACAAAAAAAUCCUCAAAAAAUGUUUCACUAAAAAGUACAGCAUCAAAAGAUGCCAAACAUAUGCAAGUGAGAUGUAUUAUAUAUGAUACAGAAAGUUAG